UAUAUAUCUUAUCUAGACCUACACUCUAUAGACAGUGAUUUUAUAAUCUAUAACAACAGAUAUUAUUAGUGAUUUUCGUUAAUUAGACCAAACAAAGAGAGAGUAACCCCAAAACACAGAUUCUGCUUACUUACUAUGGAUACUUCCGAUAGUACUGAAGCUGAUACUAAAGAAGGUGAAUCCACAGUUUUGUCUCCAUCAGAAGGUGCAGCAAACAAGGAUUCUUGUUCAGAAAAUGAUCAAAAUCUUUCUUCUAAUUCACCAAAAGGUGAAUAUUCUGUAGAAAAAGAUGUUGAGGCUGAUUUGAAUGAUGCACUUCCAGAGGUAACAUCAGAAGGUUUAGGAGAUGCUGAGUAUACUAGUGAUCAGGUCGUCAGAGAUGCAGACAUAUCAGAGAAGGGGCACUCAGAGGAUGCAUCUGAACAUGUUGACCAGUGUGCCGUCCCUGCAACCAGUACUGAAAACGUAGAACCUGAAGAAAAUGAUGCACAAGUUCAUUCCACUGUUGACGAGGUCGAAAAUGUUAAAUCCGAGGGUGCUGAGGCUGGGGAAACAGAUUCAGAGAUAGCAGAAGAGAGUGACACAGUUGUAAUAAGUCUUGCAGAUAAUGUGGGCGUUGAGCAAGAAGUAUCAGAAGGCAAUGAAGUUGUUGAGACGUCUCUGGUCGACAACAGUGUAAGUGAGCCUGAAGAUAGUGACGCGCUUGAAAUUAGUUUGGCCGACAACAGCACCAACGAGACACCCAUGCCAGAGGACACGAUUGAGACAUUAGCAGAGGAGAGUGCUGAUGAAAAAGAAGAAAACAGCAGUGAAGAAAGCAGGUUGAUCAGUAGCAAGGCGGGAGAGAUAAAUAUUGCAAAAAAUAAUGUUGCUACCGAAAGUAUGGAUAGCUUAGUAGAAAACAGCGGCGAUGAGGACAACCCUUUAGACAAUGAAGAUGAUCAGGAUAAUGUCAUAUUGGACCUGGAAGAUGAAAAGUCUAUUUCUGACACAAGCUCUAUUCAUCAAAAUUACAAUGAUGACUUGGGGGAAAGAAUGAAAGAAGUCGAGGAGGGUGAGACAUCCAAAAGUAAAUCAGAAGAAGACGAGCCAGUUGAUGAGGACCAGAAAGAAAAAGAAAUGCAAGAUGAAUUGAAAGCAAUAGAAGAAUCUACUGUUGAAGAGAAUGAAGAAUCGUCACAACCUGAGGAAAAGUCACCUGAAAGCAGAAAUCUCGACGCCACGUCAGGAGAAAAACUCCUCACGGCUGAUGCAAGUGAAGCACAGGAUGCUCAAGGUGGAGCAGCAGUAGAACAGUCGUCUGAAAAUGUUGGUUCUGAAAUAAUUGACCAAGUGCCGAGCAACACAGAGCCCAAUAUAGUUGAGGUGAAAUUCAACAAGCGGCAGAGGAAAAUUACUAGUAAAAUGCGAGAGCUGAAAGAAUCUUUGAGCAAUGAAACCACACAAGUUGCUUCUAAGCCUAAAAGAGCAAGGCGUUCUGCUGCACCACCUGAGGAGAAUGUGCCCAGCCAAGCCCAGGCUGAGACACCACAGAUAAAACUUGAUGUUGCAUCAGCUACAGAGACAACUGAGGCACCAGGACCCGUUGAAAAGCCAACCUUGGAACCUGAGAAUACAGAGAUGCCUGAAUCAGACAUGACCAAUCAGACACCAGUGCGUACACCGAAAGCACCGAGAAAAUCCAGCCUUGCUACUGGUGGUCAAGGUCAUGCGAGAGAAAUAAGCAGAGAGCUUGACAAUGGUUGGACAUUCAAGGCCGUGCAGAGAAUGUCUGGUGUAUCAGCAGGCAAAUAUGAUAUCUAUUAUUACAGCCCUACUAAUAAAAAAGUUCGAUCCAAGACAGAACUCAUGCACUUUUUGAAAGAGCAAGAUAUACAAGUAGAUCUUGAGCUGUUUGAGUUCAGCAUUACAAAGCUUAAGGAAAAAGGUCUUCUUGGUUCUUUCGAUGAGUACAAUGUACCUACAAAACAGAAGCAUGUUGAAAAUAAACCUACAAAGGCCAAGCCAGGGGGAGUAACAAAAGCCAAGACUGGCCUGUUAAACAACAAAUCUUUGUUCAAGAAUGCCAAACUCUCCUUGACAGAAGGUAAAGACCAGGUGAAACCAAAAUCAAAAGGUCUUUUCAGCAAAAAGAACGCUGCCUCUGAUGAUAAACCUGGUACAGACAAAGGGCAACAGCCCUUGCAGAAGCUGGUCAUAAAAAUGCCCUUUGGCAGUGGAUUUGGCAAGGUGAAAAUGACUAAAAAAGAGUCCAGUCAGAUUUGUUCUUACUUCGCUCCAUCUGGCGAUGAAGACGACGUCCCUGAAGCUCUCCCCACCUCAGACAGUGAAACCCAGAAUGUGGAGGAAUCAGAAAAGUUUACUGGCAUAGUGGAAAAAAAAAAGAAAACAGCUUCCGCUCUGGUGAGUCCAAGUCCCAAAAAAAAGGGCAGACCACCAAAACAUGAACCACCUGCUGUUGAGGAAGAUAAAUCUCAGGCUGUUUCUGAAACAGUAAAAACAUCAAAGAAACGUGGCAGGAAACCAAAAGCUAGGCCAGAAUUAGUUUCACCUCUCAGCUUAAAUACAGAUGCUUCUUCCAUGGAGGAAAGUGCUCUUGAGACAUCCAUGGAGGAAAAUGCACUGCCAUCGUCCGCCCUUGAUUCUACGGAAGGGAAUGAAAGCCAAAAUGAGAUUGAUAGUCCUCCAGUAAAAAGGAAAAGGGGGCGUCCAAAAAAAUCAGCCAGUACUGUGGAAAUAAGUGUUUUAUCUGGGAAAGAGGAAAGCAAAGACAAUGACACUGUUUCACAACCUGCUCAAGAAUCCUCACCGAAAAAGAAAGGGAGAAAGCCUAAAACACUUGUCAGCUGUGUCACUGAAUUAUCUGCAACUAGUGAUGAGAGUAAAGAGUUGUCGAAAACGGAUAGCAGCAAUGAUAAAACUAAACUUCUGGUUGAAGAGGGUGAGGAUGUCACAGCACUGAACACUAAGUCAGACUCAACAGAUACCUUAUCUCAGAAUCCUCAAAAAGCCAUUCCAAAAAAGAAAGGGAGAAAACCUAAAACUCACGUAAAUACUGCCUCUGAGUCAACUGCAAGUCAAGAUGAGAGUGGAGGGUUAUUAAACACUGAAAGUGAAAAUGUUUUGACACAACCCAAAUCUACCGAUAGCUUUGUGGUGGACUCACGGGCACAGAAUGAACCUCCAGAAACCAACAGCCUUAAUCCAGAAGUCAGUCAGUUGCUGACUCCCAGCAAUGAAACAACUAUGGCGGCAUUCCCAGAAGUGCCAAUUACAGAUACACCACUUACUGACUCCAAAAGGAAGAGAGGAAGACCCCCAAAGAAGAAAAUUAGUAAUGUUGGCAAUGCCACGCCUACCAAUGCUCUCAGCAUUUCAAAAGAUUCAGUUAACCUUGACAUUGAUGCUCAGAGCUCCCCUCGGGUAAAUGGGCACCCUACAAAAUCUACAGUUGACAAAGAAUCCACACAGAAAAACGGUAAAGGUACAAAAAGGAAGUUGGAAGAGACCCCUGACAGUAUGUCGAUCACGGAACCCACACCGUUGACUCUUGAAAAUGAUAUUGCCCUUCCCACUAGCAAGACACCCAGAGAAGAAAUGUCAUGGUCAGAUUAUCAAGAAGAGUUGCAAAAAGAUUCUGACACGCCCAACAGUAAAGACAGAAUGGUCAGGAAGUCUUUACCUUUUGAAGAUGAGGAGUAUUCCUUAACAGAGUUUCUUUCUGUACAAAAUGGCAUCAAAUGUAGAGACUCUAUAGAAAUCACAGCUGAAAUGAUUCUUGAUAGCUCAUCGAAUGCUUUAAAGAGCAAGUACUUCAAAAAAAAAGGAACCUUAUCUAAACCAAAGCUCAGAAGAGAUGAAAAGUGGAUUCCACCAAGAUCUCCAUUUUGUUUGGUGCAAGAAUCUUUGUUCCAUGACCCAUGGAAACUUUUAGUGGCCACCAUCUUUCUUAACAAAACCACAGGUCGACAAGCUAUUCCAACACUCUGGAAAUUCCUCAACCACUGGCCAACCCCUGAGAAAGCCUGUCACGCAGAAAUUGAGGAGAUGGCUGCUUUACUUUUCCCGAUUGGCCUCAACUACACUCGGGCUAAAACGAUCAUUCGAUUUUCAUAUGAGUUCCUAACCAAGAAGUGGACUUACCCCAUAGAGCUACAUGGUAUUGGGAAGUAUGGGAAUGACUCCUAUAGGAUAUUCUGCAUUAACGAAUGGAAAGAGGUGGAACCUGCAGACCAUAAACUGACUGACUAUCACCAGUGGUUGACAGCCAAUGCAAAACGUCUGGGUCUGAGCUGAGUUAGCAUCAUGUCACCUCUGUGUAGUUUGUAAAUAGUUGUAGUGUGACUGACUAGUAGAGAGAGAUGUGUUAUGUUGGUAUAUCUGCUAGUUUAUAGUUUGACAUUAAAAGAUUGUUGAAUUUGAAAGUGCUAAACAAUGAGCCUUUUUUUUAAAAUGUGAACAUUAAUAUCUCUAACCAAUAUGUUAACAUAUAUAUAUCUCAAACUAAUAUGUUUCAUAUGGAUUUCUUUACAUUAGUGAUGUAUUAUGCAGGGCUUAUGAUUUCUAGACUGAGAAGCUUAUUACUAAACCAUGUGUCUUUUUAUACAAUUAAACUUUGUAAAUUCUCUCCCUUUACAAAGAAUCAUCUAUUGUUUUGUCUCUGUCCGAAUUGAAUAGAAAAUCUUUUGUUGUCUGGUAGAGUUGGUCUAGUUUUCUAAAUCAUGUUGGUAAUAAUAUAUCAAUUUGUAUACUUUUUAAAAUAAUGAAAUCUUGACAUUGCUUACCCAAAAUAAAACAUAAUGAUUUUUAAAGUACAAUGUCUUCUCUUUUCUUUCAACCAUGUCUGGUUUACCAAGCAAAAUUAUUUUGUAAUGAUGAUUUCAGAAAUAUAAAGUAAUACUACUUUCUAAUAUUUUUAUUAUUCAUGCUUAUAUUUUAUUCAACAGUUCAUGUUUGAAUAAUGAAAUUCAACAUGAAUACUACAUUUUUGAAUUAAGAUAUAACUUUUAAAACGCUACUCUUUAUUCAAACCACUCGUUGCUCAGGAUUGUUUUGUAGACUUAAGAGAGACAUACUUUAUACACAAUUUAACCACCAAACAAUUAGGUCAAUAAUAAUAUGUUUAUAUUUAGAGAUAUAUUUUUUUUUUUUAAAAGGUGCCAGGCAACAAGAAUUUUACAAGACCAAAAUAUAUUUCCCAAUAUAUUUCCCAAUCUUUUUUUCUUCAAUCAGUUUUUUGUCUGCAAUCGACAAGAAUUAAAGUUUCUUUAGUAUAUAAAAAUGUCAAUAGCAACUAAAUUUGAUUAAAGUCUUCUGUAAGUCUAAACAGUUAAUUCAGCUGUUAUAUAUAUAUAUAUAUAUAUAUAUAUGGCUCCUUUUGUCUCAAAAGGCAAUGGAUGCGCCCAGAUGAGUCACUGGUUUUGGUUUAGUCUUGAGAUGGGGCAGAAUCUGGUGUGGCUAAUCAAGCCAAUUCUAGAGCAGCAGACUUUGCCACAAUUCAUACAAGUGUAUGCCUCUGAUUCAGGGCUAGUGGACAGGGCAGCUUCAUUUCUUUUGCUCUCAGCGAGGAUCGUCCCUGCAUGCACAGUCUGUCUCCAUGCACUCUGGUCUUUGGCUAUUUCUUCCCAAAUACUUUCAUUUAUGUCUGUGGCUCUAAUGUCUCGCUUGCAGACAUCUCUAUAGGUUAGUCUUGGGCGGCCCUAGGGUCUAACUCCCUCCUCAAGCUCAGCAUAUAAGAUAUCUUUCGGGAUUCUACCAUCUGGCAUGCCGGUGACAUGUCCGAGCCAAUGUAGUCUUCUUUGUGUCAGGAGAUCAUACAUGCUGUUCAUAUUGGCCAAUCUCAAAACUUCCUUCAGUCAACCCACCUGCACUAAAUGUUGAAAAGAGUAGAAGGAAUCAAUGAAAUCAUAUCCCUAAAGUAUUUUAUUUUAAUAUGUUGUAAUUCAUUUUGUUACUUCUUUCUCUUAGAGGAAUAUUUGCAUGCUGUUAAACAAUAACAGUACAUAUGACAACUGUAAUUAAACUUAUAGAACUGUACAUGCUACACAAACAUUUCUUGUCUUUUCAAGAAAGUUUUUUUUUUUUUAAUAAUUAGAGUUUAUUUAUAAACAGUUAUGUAAUGUUUGGGUAGCCUUAUAUCAAACUUUUGAUGAUCUCGGUUAACAAUAUGGAUGGUGUGGGUUAUUUCCAGCUUAAGAUUAGUCAGAAUCAUUUAUAGCUGAACGAACAAAAGGAAUGGCCAUUUUUACCACUGUUUUUAGAGAUAAGAGAAUAGCUGGUCCUCUGGUGCUAUAAAAGGACACCAUCAAAGCGCUCCUUAUUGAGAUGGUGUUAACUCUUUCUCUCCGUAAUUAUUAACCACAUUCUGGUGGAAUAAACGUUGGUAUUGUCAGGAGAGAAGAGUUAAGGUAAGAAGUCAUCCAGCAAGGCUUAAAAACAUGCCUUUAUAUAAUUUCCUGUGCUCUUUAUGGAAGAACAAUUAGAUCCUCCUGUGCUGUUUGGGUGGCAAGCUGUCUCCUUAGAAGUCAUCUCCAGCUAUGUUUGCAGCCUCUUCCCAGCUGGUGUCCACUGUCCUGAGGUCCUUCAUGUAGGUGUGGCAUGAUGUUAUAGGACAGCGGUUCUCAACCUUUUAUGCUCGGCGACCCCUUUUUACAAUCUCCCACUCUGCCGUGACCCCCCCCCCCACACACACACACCCAUAGAAGAAUGGACAAAAACAAUCCAUUUUUUCGAUGGUCUUUGGCGACCCCUGGCAAAUCAUCAAUCGACCCCCAAGGGGGUCGCAACCCACAGGUUGAGAACCCCUGUUAUAGGAGGACCUCAUUUAAGCCUUCAUGUUAUUGCCACCCUUGGGUUGUGCUAUUCAUUUUGUUUUAAGUCUCUAGGUGGACAGGAGGAAUUUUAAAUGAGAAAAUUGAUGAAUAACAUUAAGAAGUCGUGGAGUCUUUCCUUCUCAGACUUUUUGUGAAAGCUGAGUAGAGAAAGUUGAAAUUUUAAAGGCAAUGAUACCCGGUACUCUUAAAAAUAUCUUUCUCUGUAUUAAAUGAAAGAAAAGAAGUCACAGGAUGUAAAAACUGUAUGUUUAAUGCAACUAAAUCAGAGUCUGACAGAACUAGGUUGAAAAAAAUAAGUGUUUCAUUUAUUUGUGACUGUUGUAGCAUGAGCUUGAUAAACUUUGGGUGAAUGGUGACUGUUUUGAUUCAGUUCUAUAAGCCUGUUGUUCUGUGUAAGUGAAUUCUUGACUAUGCUGUUUAUGUUUAUAAAGCUAGAAAAACAAAACUAGAUCAAAGUUGACUAUGCAUGAUACAUUAUUGUAUAACUUGUUUAAUAGAAGAAGAAAGGAUUUGACUUUUGCAAGUCUGCUUACGUCAUUCAGCAACUUAAAUUUAUGAAAAUGUAUUUUUUGUUUUGUUUCUAUUUUUAAUAAGUUAAAUUUUUGUUUGAUAUUUUUUUUUACCACAUCUGAUUAUUUUUUUUAUUUUUU